AUGACACGUUUUAGUAAUUUGGAAAAACAUGGUAAAACUGAUAUAGGAGAAAAUGUUGUGCAUGUACUUAGUGAUACAUCAACCAGCGAUGAAGAAGACGGAAUAGUGUCAGUUGGAAAUGUUCACUACGAUGAAAAAGAUAUCGAUAACGAAAAUGAUGAUGGCCAAGAAGGUGAUGUAAAUGAUCGCACCAAAGAAACAGCAAUCGAUUACUCAGACUGUGGUUUGUGGCCAAUUCAUCGCAACAUUCAAUUUGUUGAUUAUGUAAUUAAUAUAGGUGCAACACAAGUGAAUUUGGACACAUUACCACGCGAUAAUAGAAGACGACAUUUUUCAAAUGCUUAUUACAACCGAAAACUUUCAAAUGAUGAGGUUAUUUCACGACGUUGGGUUGUGUACUCAGUUUCUAAAGAUGCGGUAUUUUGUUUUUGCUGCAAACUUUUUGAUUUCAACAUGAAUUUAAAGUUAAACGGAAAUGGAUUCAAUAAAUGGAAGAAUUUAACUGAAGCAUUAAAAAUUCACGAAAAUAGUAAGUCACACAGAAUUGCUUAUCAACUAUGGAUUGAGACAGAAAUACGAAUGAAAGCUGGUGAAACUAUUGAUAAACAAGAACAAAAACUAAUCGUACAGGACAGUUUAAGGUGGUGA